AUUAGCAUUUUGGUAUUCUGAAAAGUCACUUAAGUGCCCCUUUCCUUAUUUGGCAGGGUUGCGUUGCGCGCACUUGAAAUAGUACGCGUUAUGACCGCGCGAGGACUUAAUUGAGUAGUUACGAGACUUUUGGUAUUCUGAAAAGUCUCAUAGCGCUCAAUUAACUAUAUUUUCACCGUAAGAAGAUAAUGGUGCUGUAAGGUCUUUUAAAUUGAAAAUCAUCAAAAAUAAAAAUGGCAGUUUUUCUCUUUGACCUCAAUGACCACAUGGCAUACCGGAAUCGCUAUCAUAAUGUAGACAGAUUGUUGCCUGGAGAAAUGAACCGUUCUGAUUUUCGAAAGAAUUAUAGGCUGAAUUAUGAAGAAUAUCAGUGGUUGUGUGACUACAUCCGUAAUGACGAAGUAUUUGAACGCAGACAGGAAAAUGGAAGAGUACUUUCGGUAGAAUUAAAGGUGGCAGCAGCACUGCGUUUUUUUGCCAGUGGAAGUUUUCAAAACGUUGUAGGGGACGUUGCUGGGAUCAGUCAGCCUUCCCAAAGUAGGGCUGUUGCGGCUGUUACCGAUGCAAUCUCUCGAAAGGCUUCCGAUUUCAUCAAUUUUACUUUGGAACCAACUGCAACAAUCAAAUCAAACUUUGCAGCCAUUGCUGGAAUGCCCAAUACAAUUGGAUGUAUUGACUGUACGCACGUUUACAUUCGUGCACCUCGGGAGAACGAAAACAUAUACGUCAACCGCAAGAAUCGUCAUUCAAUUAAUGUCCAAGGAAUCGUGGAUUCUAAAAUGAGAUUUGUUAACGUUGUGGCAAAAUGGCCAGGGUCUUCUCAUGAUUCCUACAUAUGGGAAACAAGCAAUGUUCUGAAUGAUUUUAGGAUCGGAAGUCCGAUCAUUUUUAGCAUAUUUCUGUUUGCAAUAGGUGACAGCGGAUAUCCAACUCAACCCUGGCUCAUGACUCCACUAACAAACCCCCAAUCACCUGCAGAGCAAAGAUUCAACUCAAGUCUGACAAGGACACGUGUAUGUGUAGAAAGGGCCUUUGGAAUACUCAAAUCUAGAUUCAGAUGUCUUGAUAUGACAGGCGGGUCACUUUGCUAUGAACCAUCAAGGGUCUGUAAGAUCAUCCUCUCAUGCUGUGUGUUACAUAACAUCUGUAUCGACAGAGGCAUACCACCACCAAAUGACGUACCACAUGUAGUUCAACAACCAGAUGAAGACCAUCAUGAUCGUGUUGAUGAUAUGCAGACAGGUCAAGAAGUCAGGAGGAAUCUAAUUAACACAUGGUUUAAUUAACAAGUUCAUGGACCCUUUAAUUCAAGAUAAUAUGUACAAUAUAAACAUAAUAAAUGUAAUUACAAUGUAGAAUUCAUGAGUACAAAGUAAAGAUUAUUGCUUAUAUAUAAUUAUCAUAAAUUACAUGCAAGUGAGAUAAAUGAAUAAGUCUCCUUAACAAAACUGAUCAAAAUAAUACAAAUGAUCAUUGACACAUAUGUAAAUAGUAUAAUAAUAUUUCUAAAUGUAUGUGCUAUUUGUAUGAAAUAAAGUGUAAAAUACAUGAAUAACAAAAUACUAGCAUGAGAAGAAUACAGGAAAAUGAAAAUAAUAUACAAAUAAUCCUGUUAUUGACUAAAGAGACAAAUUACACGUUGAACAGUCUUAUAAGUCAAAGGACAAUGCAGUGUUCACAGUUUCACACACGGAUGCAUCACAUAUGCAUGUUUCAUGGAAAUAACCCUGAAUAGAUGUUACAUGAGUUUUAUGUAUGUUUUCUGUUUGCUGUAUAUGGUUAUCACACUUGUGCUUUUUGUAUUACUAUGAUGACGUAAAAGGUGAUUUACCAUACUAAACUUCAUACUUCUGGAACUAUAUUUAUUCACAAACUGUAUGUAUCAAACUGCAUUUAUUCACAUACACAUAACAGGAUGAUUAGUUUUAUGAUUCUAUCAAAUUUUGUAAUUAUGAUCAUCACAGGACCACUGUUAAAGUCAUUUCAUUCAGAGACAGAAAACUUCAUGUUUUUGUUUUUAUUUUACCUAUUAACAAGGUCAAAGUAUGCAGCAUCAACAUAUAUUAGUUGAUUGUACUGUUUCUGUUAGUUGUUUUUACGUUAUCACCAUUUAAUGAAUAAAAGUGAAGAGGCCUAUCCUGUAAAAUUCAUGAAAUGAAUUUGUUCACCUUUCUCUGACAGAGUUAUUUGCCAAUUUCAUCACAUGUUAAUAAGUCAAAAUUUGUAAAUAACAAAAGUCAAUGAGGCAUUUUCAUCAGAAUCAUAAAAUGAGGUUGUAAUAAAGGUAAAAUGACAUUUCAAAUGUUUGCUUGUUUUCCCAAAAUAGUAUCAAAUUUACAAAAAGGUGAUAUUCAAAGAGAGAG